GCUCAGUCUGCGAUCAUCAAUUGCUCUUUACAGUCACCAUGCUGCGCUUCUACUCAUUCUCAAUUUUAAUCUUUAAUAUAUUCGUCUUUAUAAAUGCUGAAAAAGUGUGUGAAUUAUCAACGAUUUGCGGCAACGCGAUGGAAGCAAUGCGUGUGGAGCAGGAGCGACAUGGAGAGAUAUUGGAUGACUUAUCUGAGAAACUGGAAAAAUGCCUAUCAAGAACUGGAGUAGAGACAAAAUUGUACGGAAAAAGUUGCGCCGAACCUUCGGUGCUGACGCAGCACAGUGAAAUCAACGUCAUUGUGGUGCCCGAGUACAGUAAGCACCCCUUUAUGGUGGCCUGCGAUCAGCUGAGUCACGGUGGUGGCUGGACCAUUAUAUUGCGUCGUAGAGACGGCAGUGAGGACUUUUUCCGAGAUUGGAAUGACUAUAAAAAUGGUUUUGGAAAACUGGAGAAUGAAUUUUUCCUGGGACUCGACAAGCUGCAUGCCAUAACUUCGUCGGAAACCCAGGAAUUAUUGUUUUUGCUCGAGGACAAUAAGGGAGAACGGCGGUACCAGAUAUACGAUAAUUUCAGAAUUGGCUCGGAAGAGGAUGGUUUCGCCCUGGAAUCAUUGGGCAAUACUUCGGGUAAUGCCGGCGAUGCUAUGGCCACACAUUUGGGCCAGAAAUUUACCACCAAAGAUCGCGACAACGACAAACAUAAAACUGUAAAUUGUGCCAUACAUUUUAGCGGUGCUUGGUGGCACAAUGACUGUCAUCACAGCAACUUGGCUGGCAAGUAUGGCGAUAACACCUAUGGAAAGGGCAUCAACUGGUAUCAGUUUAAGGGGCAGAAUUACUCGCUAAAACGUGCUCAAAUGAUGAUAAGGCCCAAGAGGCAGUGACAUUGAAAUAAAAUUCGAAGUAUAUAUCAAAUGUGAA